GCGUAGUAGAAGAAGCAUAACAUUCAGUAUGCUGCUGCCUCUCAGUGUAUAACAGCAGCCGGUGAAUAAGGGUUUAUCAAAUAUUAUUUAAAAAUAUUAUUUUAUUCUCAAGUGAGCGGAUAUUUAUUAAAUUCCAGCUGUAUUUGUUGAGUGCUUACCAAAAAGACUCUGAAACGAAGAGAAGAACCGAGGGCGUGAGAGAAGAAUUUAGUGGUGUGUCAAACAGUCUCUUCGCUGUCUGAGUGCACUGUUCCCUACCAUUUGCCGGAAGACUUCUCUUCACACCUUGGAGAAAUAUGAGCUUUCUUUUUGGAAGCCGUUCGUCCAAGACAUUCAAGCCCAAGAAGAACAUACCGGAGGGUUCUCACCAGUAUGAGCUGUUGAAACAUGCAGAGGCUACACUGGGAAGUGGAAACCUGCGCAUGGCAGUCAUGUUGCCUGAGGGAGAAGACUUAAAUGAAUGGGUCGCAGUCAACACUGUGGAUUUCUUCAACCAGAUCAACAUGCUGUACGGCACCAUCACAGACUUUUGUACAGAGGAAAGCUGUCCAGUCAUGUCUGCUGGGCCCAAGUAUGAAUACCACUGGGCCGAUGGAACUAACAUCAAGAAGCCCAUCAAAUGCUCUGCUCCCAAGUACAUUGAUUACCUCAUGACCUGGGUUCAAGACCAGCUGGAUGAUGAGACGCUGUUUCCAUCAAAGAUUGGUGUCCCCUUUAAGCGAAACUUUAUGUCCGUGGCAAAGACUAUUCUGAAGCGCCUGUUCAGGGUCUACGCCCACAUCUACCACCAGCAUUUUGACUCUGUCAUGCAGCUGCAGGAGGAGGCUCACCUCAACACGUCAUUCAAACACUUCAUCUUUUUCGUUCAGGAGUUCAACCUCAUUGAAAGGAAGGAACUGGUUCCACUACAGGAGCUGAUUGAAAAACUCACCACUAAGGACAGAUAAGCAGCAGUGUCACCUUUAUGUUGUUGGUUUUCUAGUUUUUGCACAGAUACCCGCCCCAACCUGGCUGUACAUAUGCAGUAUAUACUAUAUUUCCAUAUGGGGGAUUUUUGUAAAAGGCCAGGAAACAGGAAGGGUCUUGAUAGAGUUAAAGCACCAGAACCGAUGCUGUCAGGGAUAACUCAAUUGAACAAACCACAGAUAAAAAAUAUUAGAUACAAAGAUUUUUAAGUAGUGAAGUCAGACCAAGUAUUCAGCAAUGGCUAAUUUUUUGAAUGGUGUAGUGGAGGUGGUUUAUUUCAGAGACUUUUUUUCACAGGGAGAAUUGGGUACAACAACAGUUCAUUAAAAUAGUUAGUAAUAGUUUAUAUCGGCCUUUUACUGUAGGUCUGCUCCACAUCAGAGGCUCAUGUCAUGAACCAAGCAUCAUCAGAGCAGCUGAGUUUGUUGCUGCUCACAUCUUUAAACACACAAAAAUAUCCCAAGUGCCUACUAUGGCUCCUAAAUGCCCAUUGUCAACAUUAACCACCAGACGACGAAGGCCAUUUGUAUCAGACGGAACACUGAAGGAAGCUUCACAUUUGUGUCCUUCUUAGACUCCCUUUCUACUUGUGCUGUACAUUUGUUACUUCCUCUUUUGGUCAAGCAUAUCCUUUUAUAGUUUGCAUCUCUCUGCUGCCUGUGUUGUGCAGACCUAUGAUGAAUGAAUGUGUUUUUUUCCAGAUGUAUAGUUAAGGCCAGAUUAUUGUCAUGUUGUAGGAGGGUCUGUAAAUGAACUGAACCCUAUUAGCCUUUUCUAGCUGUUCCUGUUGUACUAGUUUUCUGCCCGAUAUUGUAAACCGCAGAUACAUUUUAGAUUACGUCCUCAAGGGAUCUGGAAACUUUUAAAUGUAUAUUAAGGUCAGUAACUUAGUCAUAGGUACUUGAAAGUUUUGAAAUCAGGAUUUCUGAAGCAUCCCUCGUUCUCUUUUAAGCCAUAAAGCACUUUGAACGUUUUUUCCUGACCUCUCGUUGCCUGAAUGUUUAUACUGCGUAGACCAUAGUUUGUGAGAAGCCGUAUCACGUGACUGAUGAGUUUGUUUUCUCUCAUCUUUCCCCAUGUGAAUGUUGAAUUGCCUGUUCUUCUCCGACAUGAGCGACACAUCAGCACAAGUGAGAUUUUCAAUGCUUUUGUACGGUCUGAGAGGUUUGUCGCUGUGCUCGGAUCGGCAGAUGCAUGUACACUUUCCAAAUCUCCCAAUUGUAGAUGACUAUGCAAUAAUUGCUAGAACACUAAAAGGUUUGAUCGCUAAAACACAUUCAAUUUAUAUCCACUCAUGAGUUUCCUUUCUCAGUAUUUAAAUUUCCGUGUAUUUAAGACGUGACAGAUUGGCGUCUCGUUCUGGUUCAGUUUCAGAACAGGUUUUAUAUCUGAUGUUUCAGAAGUGUUACACUUAACUGCACACAUGUAAAUACUGAAGUUUCCAGAGAGCGAGUGCUUAGUUCUUUGUUAGAAAACACUGGGAGUCUUUUUAGAGGCUGCCUCCCCCUUUUCUUAGUUUGAAUAUGAAUUUCAGUUUGUUUUACAUGUCAGUAUCCUUUUCACUAACAUAGCUAAGUACUAUGAAUGUUACUGCUCCGUGGAAAUCAAUCAACCUGAAUGCAUCCUUGUUUUGUUUUUGUUUUAAUGAUGAUAACAACGUACAUCCUCCUCAGCUGUAAUACUUUGAUUCAAUGUUUGUACAUAAAGGCUCGGUAGGGGGUUUUCAUUGCUACUGAAUUGAUUUCUGCUGUUUACAAGACAAAUAAAGUUGGUCUUGAGUCUUUAAA